AUGAUGAUGAUGAUGCGUGUGAUGAUGAAGACGACGAGAGGAGUGAAGUGGUGAUGAUACGGAGCGACCGUUAUUCAGUGCAGGUUGAUUUCGUCGCGCUUUUUACUACUUUCGUAUUCCGCAUGCGAGGAUCUCUCCGUCACUUGACGAACACUUGCGCGUCCGGAUAGAGAUCGACGCUCGCCUAUUCUGAACGGCGUUGUUAAACGAGUGCAAGGAUAUCGUAAGCUGCUGCAGUCGCGGACGAGGCGAAGAAACAUUGAGUGGUGAUGCGGUAGUGGAAGGGACCCCGAGGGAAGUCAUGCGGGCGGCCGUUGCAUUCGUUCUGUUCCUCGCCCACCUCAUACAGGCGACAACGGCCACCGGAUUCUUCGAGGUGCAGAUUCUCUCGCUGACGAACAACAGGGGCACCCUGGUCGACGGGAGGUGUUGCGGUGGAGGAACCGAUGGCGGUGGUGGUGGAGGCGGCGGCGGUGGCGAAAACUGGGGUGGAGGUUAUCCGGCCUGCGCGACGCCCUGCACAACGGCAUUCUGGCUGUGCCUGAAGGAGUACCAGUCGAACGUGACGGCGAUCGGUUCCUGCAGUUUCGGCAACGUCUCUAGUCAAGCUCUGGGCCAGAACACAUUCACCCUAAGCGAGCCGGUCACCCUUCAGCUGCGCUUCACCUUCAGAUGGACUAGACAAUUCACGUUGAUCCUUCAGGCGAGAGACGAGGCUACUUUGGGUGUGAUAGACGAGGCUAGCUACAGCGGCCUCGUCCUGCCCGGACCAGCGUGGCACACCUUGAACCAUCAGGGUAGAAACGCCCAUCUGGCUUACAGGGUGCGAGUCCAGUGCGCUGAGCACUAUUACAACGCGACGUGCACCAAGCUGUGCAGGCCGAGGGACGACAAGUUUGGGCAUUACACUUGCGACGACAACGGAGACAAGGUUUGCAUCCACGGAUGGAAAGGCGCCAACUGCGAAACCGCGGUCUGUAAGGAGGGCUGUCAUCCGGUUCACGGCCAUUGCGACGUCAGCGGUGAGUGCAACUGCCGUCCAGGAUGGCGGGGCGAGUAUUGCGACCAGUGUACCCCGUACCCGGGGUGCAAGCACGGCUACUGCAACGGCUCGAGUUGGCAGUGCAUCUGCGACACAAAUUGGGGUGGAAUCCUCUGCGACCAGGACUUGAACUACUGCGGCACUCACGAGCCUUGCCAGAACGGUGGAACGUGCGAAAACACAGCUCCGGAUCAGUACCGAUGCACGUGUCCGGACGGCUUUUCGGGACCGACGUGCGAGAAGGUGGACAACCCUUGCGCUUCGAAUCCUUGCCUGAACGCGGCGACGUGUCGAGAGUCGGGGGAGACGGCACACUGCGAAUGCAUGCCAGGAUACACCGGACCCUACUGCGGGACCGACAUCGACGAGUGCGCUUCCCAGCCAUGCCAGAACGGGGGGACCUGCGUCGACGGGAAGAACGAGUUCGUCUGCAACUGUCCGUCGGCCUGGCAAGGGACGUUGUGUCAAUUCGACGUCGACGAGUGUUCCCUGAAGGAGUCGCCCUGCAAGAACUCUGUGACCUGCGUCAACCUGGCCGGGGAUUACAGGUGCCGAUGUCAGAGCGGGUUCACGGGGAAGAACUGUACGCGGAACAUUAACGAUUGCGUCGGCCAGUGCCAGCACGGUGCUUUGUGCAUCGACCUCGUCAACGACUAUCACUGCUCGUGCACGCCCGGGUACUCGGGGAAGGACUGCGAGGUCGACAUCGACGACUGCGCCUCGCAACCCUGCCAAAACGGAGGCGAGUGUCGCGACCUCGUGAACUCCUACGAGUGCGUAUGCCCCGUAGGAUUCACUGGCUAUCAGUGCGAGAUCGAUCGCGAUCAUUGCAGUCCAAAUCCAUGCAGGAACUCCGCACCCUGCUUCAACACCCAGGCCGACUACUACUGCCACUGCCCGGAACGAUGGCAGGGAAAAAAUUGCUCCGAACCCGCAUCUCACAAUCCUGACUUCAGCUUCACCGACGACGAUCUUGGAUGCGGAAGCGAGGGGGCGCCCUGCGGUGGUCGCGGAAAAUGCAGCGGCGGAAGGUGCACGUGUGAUCCUGGGUACACCGGGCUUCAUUGCCACGAGAAUAUCAACGACUGCAGAGGAAAUCCUUGCCUGAAUGGCAGCACCUGCGUCGACCUUGUCAAUUCAUUUCAGUGCAUAUGCAGGGAGGGAUGGACCGGUGAUCUAUGCGACCAAGAUGUCGACGAGUGCGCAACCGCACCUUGUCGAAACAACGGUACCUGCAUAGACGGUCUCGCCGAUUUCACAUGCACGUGUCGCGGCGGCUGGAAGGGCAAGACGUGCGCGUUGCGGGGCGGUCACUGCGAGCCAGGAACCUGCAGACACGGCGGUACGUGUCAGGACCGGGGUGACGGAUUCACCUGCCACUGUCCCCCGGGUUGGGAGGGUGCGGCGUGCCACAUAGCCGCGCCAGCCUGCGCCAGCAACCCCUGCGAGAACGGAGCGACCUGUGUGAACACAGCGGACGGCGGGUACCGAUGCGUAUGUAGGGAGGGGUUCGAGGGUCCGAACUGCAGGAGAGACAUCGACAACUGUCAGCCCCUACCGUGCCAGAACGGGGGCCGAUGCGUCGACGGUGUGAAUUGGUUCAGGUGCGAAUGCGCCCCGGGCUUCACCGGUCCCGAUUGCAGGAUAAACGUCAACGAGUGCGCGAGCGACCCCUGCGUCGGCGGGGCGACCUGCAUCGACGGCAUCGCGAGCUACUCCUGCGUUUGCCCCCCUGGGAGGACCGGGGCCCAGUGCGAGGCGCGGACCCCCGGAGGACCCGGCUGCGUCGCCGCCAGUUGGGACGACUACUGCAACCUCUGCGAGUGCACGAACGGGAAAAAUCAGUGCAGCAACGUCUGGUGCGGUCCUGGAAGUUGUCUGAACGGCACCUCGUGCCUGGCCCAUGAAGUUUGCGUGCCCUCGCCUGGCGAGAGCUGUCUGGCACCGCCGUGCCCGGCUUGGGGCGAGUGUCGCCCGGUCGAGAGCGGGCGAAGGGUUGGCCCCCCAGCUCUUCCAGCACCCCCUUCCUGCUGGCCCGGCCAAGCGACCCCCGGUCCGACCUGCUCGAAACUGACCAUCCUCCUAAGAAGAGACACCCUGGUGAUUGGGACGUCUGUGGAGCUGCUCUGUCGCAGGCUGAGGCGGCUGCUCGCCGAUCCACGACGCCCCCAAUCCGUCGUCCUGCUCUGUGACCUGAAACCUGGUGACAACGACACCGUCGAGGUGACGAUAUUCUCCGAGGCAGCUUCAGCCGCGGCAAGGGACCUCGGCGAGGCGUUGAGCAGGCCGGUGAGCAGGCAGGUCGCCCUGGCUUCUGUCUUAGAAGUCAAGGUCGAAACAGCCACGCUCAGCGAGCCGAACACCGCGAAUUCCGGGGGUGGUGGAUACCUCGCUGUACUGGGGGGCGCCCUGGCGACGAUCCUCCUCCUCGCCGCUCUCGGCGGCGUCUGGUACAUACGUUCGAUUCGACAUAGGUCCGGAAUCACGGCGACGACGAGCAGCGAAACUUCGCUUCACCGACACCGAGGCGACCUUGAUGAAAAAUCUAACAAUCUUCAGAACGAGGAGAACCUCAGGAGGUACGCAAACCCCCUCAAGGAUCAGGAUUCCGUUGAGCCUCGCGUCUCCGUAGUCAGACCCCUGUCGGGCGCCUCGCUCGGGGCCUUGGGCCCCACCGAGGAGAGCCUUGAGAUGGUCUCGGAAGAGGGUCGACACCGAUUGCCACCCCUCUACAAACCCCCCAGCGCCGAGACGAGGAACAACACAGCGACCUUCAGCUACGAAGAAGGACUCCACAAGCCGUACACGAAACCGCGGCUUCAGGAACCCUCUUAUCCUCUUCAACAGCCCGGGACCAGCCAGGCGGGGCCUCACCAGGUACUGACGGUGCACGUUUAACGGUUUCUGAGGUUUGAUCCACCCCGGGUGGAAGUUUUUUAGGUACUUCUAAGAGGUAACGCGGUUCUCGCGAGAUCACGGCGAACAUCGCGCGUCUCCGUAGAACAUGGUACGUUUUUUUUCCUCUUUCCGCUUAACCGUCCUCCCCCCUCCCCCCGCC